AUGGGUGGUGAGGCCCUCGACGGCGAGGCCGCUCGCGCGGAGCCCCGGAGGGGCGGCGAGGCCGAGGGUGCGGACGGCCCCGGGCGGCGCGAGGCCGCAGGCGGCCAUGGGGGCGGGCCUCGGGGCGGCGCGAGGACGCAAGCGGCCAUGGGGGCUCGCGCGGACGGCCCUUUGCGGCGGGCGGCCGCUGGCGCGGACGCGCCUGGGGGCGGCGAGGCCCUUCGCGCGGACGGCCCUAUGCGGCGGGCGGCCGCUGGCGCGGACGCGCCUGGGGGCGGCGAGGCCCCUCGCGCGGACGGGCCUGUGCAGCGCUCGGUCGCUGGCGCGGACGCGCCUGGGGACGGCGAGGCUCCUCGCGCGGAGCCCCCUGGGGGCAUUGAGGCAGCUCGCGCGGACGUGGCUGGGGGCGGCGAGGCCGCUCGUGCGGCGCCCCCUGAGCGGCGCUCGGCCGCGGGCGCGGAGGGCCCUGGGCGGUGCGAGGCAGCCGGCGUGGCCCCUGGGCAGCGCCAGUCCGCGGGCGCGGCCGUGGCCGACGGUCAGCUGCAGCCAGCACUAGCGCAGGAUCUUAGGUAA